AUGCGUAUUGGAAGCGCCUGGACGCUCGUGGGCAUCGUCGUCGUCCCGACGUGGGCCCGAACCUGCUACCAUCCCAACAAGCAAGCAGCGCCAGGGGCCGUGCCCUGCACGGACGCCGAGCACACAUUCUGCUGCGCCGAGGGGGCAUUCUGCCUGUCUAAUGGAUACUGCGCCGGAUUCGGCACCCAACCAUACAACCUGUAUCGCGGAAGCUGUACGGACCAAAGCUGGGGGAGCUCUUGCACACAAAGCUGCCUGGACCAAAGCCAGAACGCAGCCGGCCCAAUUAGUUGCAUUGGAAAAAACGACGAGGGACAGUCCCUCUACUGUUGCGGAUACCAGCGAUCGAACAACAGUAUCAGCACCUGCGCCGAUGGAAGCGACCCUUUCACUAUGCCCGACGGCAAGCUGAUCUUUGGCCGUGCCGGUCUGGCCAAUGCCACCAUCUCGUCGGACAACACAGUCGGCGCGACCACAUCCUGCGAGGCGACCUCUGGGUCUCAGUGUACGAAUGCCACCGCGGUGGGAGCUGGCGUAGGGGUUCCCCUGGGAGUCAUUGCCAUCUCGACUGCGAUAUGGGCCUUUUGGGAGAGAAGACAAAGGAGGAAAGCCGUUGUAGCCUCGCAUAUGCAGCUACCGAAUAUCCAGCCGGAGGCUUUUGCGCCGGUGCAGACGGAUGUCAAGCCGGUGACGGAGCUGGAUGGGACCGGUGGAGUCGCUGAGCUGGCGUCGCGACCAAAUUAG